AUGUCCGACCACAAGUCGCGUCAGUCGUCCGGCGGCAAGUCGUUCUUUUCGAGGCGCAAGAACAAGGACGAGGUGCCCGAGACGCCCGGCCUGCCGUCCAACCUCAGCGCUGGCUCCUCGCGCCACCAGCACCGCUCCUCCGUCAACUCGCUGAACGGUUCGCCGAACAACCGGCCCAUCUCCUACUUACCCGAGCAUCUCCAAACCGCUGGCGUGUUGACCAGCAUACCGUAUGACAGCGUCCCUCCAGACGGCCGUUCUCCCAUCUCCGUCGACUUCCUGCCCAAAGACCAAAGUGCUGCCCAAGCCGCCGCCCGCCGUGAACCGCUCCCGCACCAUUUGAACAAGGGCGGCGCCGACUUCCACCAGUAUCCCAUCUUUAAUCCCUCGGCCCCACCACCGCCUGGGGUGGCGGUUGCCCCCCCGCGGCCUCCUCCGCAUGCUCAAGGUACCGCCAUGGCGUCCAGCCAACCCGGUGAUAGAGGCGUGUCUAUACAGCAGUGGGGGUCGGGUCGCCCGAGCACGAGUUCCGGGCGACCUUAUUCUCCCAUCACUCACGGAUCAUCGUACGCCGCCACCGAGGCUUCCUACAACACCCGCGCCUCGUCCGACCAAGCCAGCGUAUACUCGAACCACUCCGGCCACCGGGACACAAAGAUGAGCAUGGGGGGAGACCGCGGGUUUGCCUCCCUUGAUGCAGGCCAACACACCCUGUUCCCUGCCCCCAGGAUGCCGGCUCCCGGGAAUGCCGCCUCGUUUGACCCUGCUGGAUUCCAUUUACAAAGACCCAACGACGACCGGGAAAUCGAGUUCGAGUUCAUGGCUCUCAUGCAAAAACGUGGUUGGAACAGCUUGCCCGAGCAGGCAAGGCGGCAGAUGGAGGCGUAUCCGAUUUCCAAGAAGUGGACAUUGGUGCAUCAAGACCGGCUGGCAGAAUGGCAGGGCGAGCAAAGAAGAAGACAAAAUGCCAGGCAAACACAAUUCAGCGUUGAUGGGUCGGGGAUCCUUGGCCGCGCUGAUGAGGAGGGCAGUCCGGAAUGGUACGUGCGGAAGGUGUUGGACAACUCGAUCACUGCCAAGCAGCUGCAAUCUCUGAGCGUCAGUUUGAGAACACAGCCAAUUGGAUGGGUCAAGGCAUUCGUCGAGGCGCAGGGUCAAAUUGCGCUCACAAAUGUUUUGAACAAGAUCAACCGGAGACAAGGAGGCCCAACACCACCGUCAGGAUCGUCAAGCACACAGGACAAGGAUCUCGACCGCGAGUACGACAUCGUAAAGUGUUUGAAGGCUUUGAUGAACAACAAAUACGGCGCCGACAACGCCUUGUCCUACCCUCAGAUCGUCACUUCUCUCGCCAGCUCGCUCGUUUCUCCCAGGUUGAACACCCGGAAGCUCGUCAGCGAAGUCCUUACAUUCUUGUGCCACUGGGCGAACGGCCAGGGUCAUGAGAAGGUCUUGCAAGCGUUGGAUCAGCUGAAGGCGGCGCAAGGCGAAAAUGGACGGUUCGACGCUUGGAUGCGUAUAGUGGAGGUUACUGUCGAUGGCCGCGGAAAGAUGGGUAGUUUGGUCGGAGCCAGCGACGAGGUCAGAAGUGGAGGUAUUGGCUUCGAGAACCUGCUCAUGGAAUAUGCCGUGGCCUCGCUGUUCCUCGUCAACAUGAUUGUGGACGCCCCAGAGAGGGACCUGCAGCUGCGUGUGCAUCUGCGUGCGCAGUUCACAGCAUGCGGCAUCAAGCGUAUCUUGAACAAGAUGGAGGGUUUCCAGUACGAUGUCAUUGACAAGCAGAUCGAGCGGUACCGGACGAACGAAGCUAUCGACUAUGAAGAUCUGCUGGAGAGGGAGAAUAGUAGUAUGGUGGACAGUAUCGAGGGAGAGGUCAAGGACAUGAACGACCCAAGCCAGAUCGUGGACGCCAUCCAAAACAAGAUUCACGGCACGAGAGCACAAGACUACUUCGUCUCUGCUAUGCAGCAUUUUCUGCUCAUCCGGGACAAUGAGGGAGAGGAUAGGCUCCGGUUAUUCCAGCUUGUCGACUCCAUGCUCAGCUACGUUGCCAUGGAUCGCCGCUUGCCCGACAUGGAUCUCAAGCAAAGCUUAAACUUUACGGUGCAGAGUCUGCUGGACAAGCUUUACACGGAUUCCGAGGCACGCCAGGUUCGAGAUGAGGCAAUCGAGGCAAGGCAGAUUGCCGAUGCUGCAGUUGCGGAACGUGAUGAGCUGCGUGCACAACUCGAGCUGGGCGCAGACGGCCUGGUAGGCAAGCUGCAAAAGCAACUGGAGGAGCAGAGUGCUCUAUUAGAGCUCCGGGGAAGACAGAUCAAGCAGCUCAAGGCUGAACUGUCGGAUCUGCAGACCGUGCGUGCCAAGGAACUUCAGCGGAACGAGCUCGAGACGAGAGAGCUGUACCUCAUGCUACGCGAUGCUCAGGAUGUUGCGGCUUCUGCCGCUGCAAAGAAGGGUAAGGAUGGCCAGCUUGGUCAGACUGAUCCCGCUCUCAUGCAAGGCAUCCUUGAUCGCGAGAAGCUCCUGGACAAGUUGGAGAUGCAACUCGAGCGCUCCAAGACUCAGGCGAAACUCGAGGGUAAGGUCUGGCAGGCGGUCGAGCCCGAAGACAAGCUGCGUGAGCUUCGCGAGAAGAUGGACGGCAUGGACGAGGAACGCAACCAGCAAGAUUUCGCUCGCGCCGAUUACACCAACAGUUUCCUCGGAUCCGUCAACCGGAAGCCCGUACCCAAGAGGGCUGGAGACGAUGAUACGGAUGCGGAUGAUGAGGACAUGAUUGUCGAGAAGCCGCGCCUGGUUGAGCUCAGGCGUCCAAAGAUGUCCUCGGUCCAGAAGGGCGCUCUUCUUGGAGAGAUCGCCUCAAAGGUCAAGCGACAGGAUAGCAGCGGCGACGAGGCAGAUGUCGAAGAGCCUGGUGCGGAAUCCGAGACGACCGAGAAGCCUGAAGACGGCGAAGGAAACUUCAAUGGCCCUCCGCCGCCCCCUCCGCCACCAAUGCCCGGCAUGGAUGGCGCCCCGGGUAUGCCUGGAUUUGCAGGUGGUCCGCCUCCGCCUCCGCCGCCGAUGCCCGGAUUCGCAGGUGGCCCGCCGCCGCCUCCGCCGCCAAUGCCUGGGUUUGCAGGUGGCGCCCCUCCCCCUCCGCCGCCGAUGCCCGGAUUCGCAGGUGGUGCACCUCCACCCCCGCCGAUGCCUGGAUUUGCUGGUGGUGCCCCUCCCCCGCCGCCGAUGCCAGGAAUGGGCGGUCCUCCCCCGCCGCCUCCCCCGCCGGGAGCGCCGCCGCUUCCCGGCGGUCGCCGCGGACCUGGAUUCUUGCCUCAGCCUGGCUACGCUCCGCAAAAGGUCGGUCUUGCCGUUGCUAGGCCCAAGAAGAAGCUCAAGGCGCUGCAUUGGGAGAAGGUCGACACUCCCCAGGUUACCAUGUGGGCGUCACACACUCCCACCCACGAAGCCAAGGAAGAGAAGUACCGCGAACUCUCCAAGAGGGGUGUGCUUGAUGAAGUCGAGAAGCUGUUCUUGGCCAAGGAGAUCAAGCAGAUCGCGAAGAAGCAGUCCGCCAAGAAUGACAAGAAGCAGCUGAUCUCGAACGACCUGGUGAAGGGCUUCCACGUGGCAUUCGCCAAGUUCAAUCAACUCUCCGCCGACGAGCUUGUUCGCAUGAUUAUUCACUGCGACAAGCCCAUCCUCGAGAACGACGUCGUCAUAGAAUUCUUGCAGAGGAAUGAGCUUUGCGUAAUUCCUGAGCAAGUUGCGAAGUCAAUGGCUGCGUAUGCUAAGGAUUGGACUGGACCCGAUGCUGCCAACGCCACGCGUGAAUUGGAUCCGAACGACCUUACCAGGGAAGAUCAGAUCUAUCUGUACACUGCCUACGAACUGCACCACUACUGGAAGGCGCGUAUGCGGGCCCUUGAGCUUACGAGGACGUACGAGAGCGAAUACACCGACAUUUUCAACAAGCUUCAAGAGGUUGUCAAGGUCUCCGACUCCCUGCGCGAUUCCGUCUCAUUGAUGAACGUUCUCGGCCUGAUUCUGGAUAUUGGCAACUACAUGAACGACGCAAACAAGCAAGCCACCGGUUUCAAGCUGUCCUCGCUCGCUCGUCUUGGCAUGGUCAAGGAUGACAAGAAUGAGUCUACUUUUGCCGAUCUCGUGGAGCGUAUCGUGCGCACCCAGUACCCCGAGUGGGAAGGUUUCGUAGAUGAAAUCACUGGCGUCAUUCCUGCGCAGAAGAUCAAUGUCGAGCAACUCAGCACCGAUGCGAAGAAGUACAUCGACAACAUCAAGAACGUACAAGCCAGCAUUGAUAAUGGUAACUUGAGUGACCCCAAGAAGUUCCAUCCUGAGGAUCGUGUCAGCAUCAUUGUUCAGCGCAUCAUGAAGGACGCCCGCCGCAAGGCUGAAGCGAUGGCAGACUACUUGGAGGACAUGAAGAAGACGUAUAACGACAUUUUGACGUUUUAUGGUGAAGACCCGACGGAUGAGAACGCACGGAGAGACUUCUUCGCCAAGCUGGCCGUCUUUGUUAAUGAGUGGAAGAAAUCCAAGGAGAAGAACGUCAGAUGGGAGGAGAACCGCCGCCGGAACGAGGAGUCGAUGCGCCGCAAGGCUGCGCAAGCCGCGCCGCGCUCGCCAACGAUGGACGGCCCGCUACUCAGUCCUGCAUCGACGGGCGCCAUGGACACGCUGCUGGAGAAGUUGCGUGCUGCCGCACCGCAGGCUCGCGAUCAGCGCGAUCGUCGCCGCCGCGCCCGUCUCAAGGAUCGUCAUCAGGUCCGCGUGGCCAGUGGCCAGAAGGCCCCCGAUGUAUCGGGAUUGUCAGCCGACGAAGAUGGCGGCAAUGUGGGCAACGGUCUUCUCAGUCCAAACAGCAUUGCUUCGGGCGAAACCAGUGGCGAUCCCAGCGCCGAGGGCGAAGAGAAGGGAAAGAAGGAUGGCGGCAACAGCGAAGGCGAGGACAUUGCUGACCGCGCGGCCGUCAUGUUGCAAGGUCUUCGGGGUGACGAAGUUUCCGAAACACCUGGUAGGGAAGACAGCAUCCGGGUCCGGCGGAGGAGAGAAAAUGCCGGUACCGAGCGGGAUGCAAGGAGAAGAAGACGCGCCCGUCAAGGUGGUAGCACCGUUGACGAAUCCAUCAAAGAGGAACCGAGCACCGGUACCGGCGACGGUGAGAACGGGACGGAUUCGCGCCCGGGCACCGGACACUCAAGACCAGGGACUGCACACACGGAGGCAACAACGACGGAUUCGGUGGCCGACUCGGAGCAAACGAAGCCGGAGACAGAGCCUGAUACAGACGGGGACAGGACUUUGCUACCUAGCCCACCGCCAGAGAAAGACGACGAUGAGCCAAUGCCGGAUGCCGAUGCGGACGAUGAGACGGACGCGCCGAAGGCGGACGAAGUAGUUGAAGCUGAGGACGAGGCGGAAAAGGACAACGACCGGCCGGAGUCGCCGCUCCCGACGCCAGUGACCAUUGUCAGCCCGCCCAGCCCGGGCAAGGAGAAGGAUGAGACAAUGGCGGUAUCGAAGGACGAGGAAUAA